AUGUCGAGUGAUCACAAUGCCGAGGCGGGGAAGACCUUGAAUCUCAACGCCGUUAAUGAUUCGCCGCUAUCCUCCGACCAUAAUGACCCCCCUUCCAUCGCGAAGCACAUCCGCGAGAUUCCUCCAAUCCCCAUCCCUCCAUUGGAGGUGGACGACGACGGUGGUGGGAGAGGAGAUCCGUUGAUGAUUGAGAGUAGGGUUCUCGGUCUGAAUCAAAUUAGGACUCGCACCGCUCCGCCGCCAGGUAGGCUUUCGAAUGCCAUUUCCAUGCCUAUUGAUUAUGGAGACGGAGUCUAUGGAGACGGGGUCUAUGGAGAGGGGGUCUAUUCGCAGUCUAGGUUGUUAUCCACUGCUGAUCAAUCUGCUGAAAAUUUACCCGAACAAGGCAAAAGGGUCCAAUGGAAUCAGGCUAAUUCUUUAAAUGUCCUAUCACGCACUUGUUCGGGCUCGGAGGAUUAUCAUGCAGCUUUUGUUAAGGAAAUGAAAUCUCCACGGUAUCAAGCUAUACUACGUGUCACAAAUGGUCGCAAGAAAAGAGUAUCAGAUAUUAGAAGUUUCUCUCAUGAGCUCAAUUCCAAAGGAGGCCGACCUAUUCCAUCCUGGAGAUCUCGUGCUUUUGGGCGAGUGGAGGAGAUUAUGGCCAUCAUUCAUUCAAAAUUUGAUAAAUUAAAGGAAGAGGUAAUCUCUGACUUGAGCAUUUUUACUGGAGAUAUAGCUGGUAUUAUUGACAAGACAUCCGAAUCCCAUCUCCAAUGGAGGAAAAAUUUGGAAGAUUUGUUGGUUAUAGCUAGGGAAUGUGCAAAAAUGUCACCUAGUGACUUCUGGUUGAAGUGUGAAAAAAUAGUCCAGAAUCUAGAUGACCGCAGGCAAGAGUUACCAAUGGGCACCGUUAAACAAGCCCACACCCGCCUCUUAUUCAUACUCACUCGAUGCACUCGGCUUGUGCAGUUCCAAAAAGAGAGUGGUUUUGAAGAACACAUUCUGGCAUCUCACAAACUCUGUGAUCUCGCCCAUGCAGAACGAAUUGUUUGCCCUAUUGGCCAAGACUUGAAUCAUUCACUGAGUGGGAAGGAAAGAAAUUGGAGAAGAAAUAAGAAAUCUCAGGGGCAUGACCAUAUCAGUCCGACAAUCAAUCAAUACCAUACUAAGGAAAAUUUCAGUGGAGAGGUUACAGAGGAAAGCACUGUAAAGAAUGUUGCUUCACCUACAGGAAGCUGUAGAAUGUCCUCUUGGAAGAAGCAUCCUUGUGCAUCUGAAAGAAAAGGUGAAGUCCAUGACUCUGUUGACACCUCAUCUUUUAUUAAAUCUGGUUUCUCGCAACAUAAAGAAGCAACUGACAAGACUUAUCUGGAUACUCCACUUUGCCACCCUGAAGUUUCAGAGGAAACCUCAAAUGAAAGGAGAGUAACCUGGGGAGACUGGGAUCAACAUAGUAUCUCUUAUGAGGAUUCAUUUAUCUGCCGCAUAUGUGAAGUUGAAAUCCCUACUAUAUUUGUAGAACAACACUCAAGAAUUUGUACAGUUGCUGAUAGAUGUGAUUUAAAAGGCUUGACAGUAAAUGAACGGCUCCAAAGAGUUGCAGAAACUCUUGAGAAGAUACUUGAAUCAUGGACACCGAAAAGCAUUGACAAUGAGUUUGGAAGUCCUGAGUUAGUAAGACUGUCCACUUUGACUUUGGCCGAAGAGUUGGAUGAAUUGUCACCAAAGCAGAAUGGUCUGUCUUGUCAGUGCUCUGAAGACAUGCUAAAUUGCAUCCAUGAGUGUGAUACUAUUUCUGUUACAGAUCUCAACAGUCUGUCUGAACUGCCUAGGAAGGAUUCAUCAGCUGGUACCUCGACACCUCGAUCACCAUUGCUGACACCAAGAACAAACCAGAUGCAAUUGCUGUUCAGUGGGCUCAAGAUGAUAUCUGAAUAUGAAAGUUAUCAACAGAUAAAUAAGCUACUGCAAAUUGCUCGAUCUGUUGCUACCAUAAACAACAAUGAUAGUUCUUUGGAAUAUUUGCUUGACCGUCUAGAUGACCUAAAGUAUGCCAUUCAAGACAGAAAAGUCGAUGCCCUUGUUGUGGAGACAAUUGGAAGACGCAUAGAAAAAUUAUUGCAAGAGAAAUACGUUCUACUUUAUGGACAUAUUGAAGAUGAAAAAUCAGAUGCACCAAAUAAUGCAGCUGAUGAGGAAAGUUCAACGGAUGAGGAUACAAUACGCAGUUCGCGUGCAAGUCCUAUGAACCAAUGCUCUAAGGAUCGAACAUCUAUUGAAGAUUUUGAGAUAAUAAAGCCAAUCAGCAGGGGUGCUUUUGGGCGAGUAUUCUUGGCUAAAAAACGGGCCACUGGUGAUUUAUUUGCAAUAAAGGUUUUGAGAAAAGCUGACAUGAUACGCAAAAAUGCUGUGGAGAGUAUAUUGGCCGAACGUGAUAUCUUAAUUUCAGUUCGCAAUCCAUUUGUGGUCCGGUUUUUCUACUCUUUCACAUGCAGGGAAAAUCUUUAUCUUGUCAUGGAAUACCUAAAUGGUGGAGAUAUUUUCUCUUUGCUUAGAAAUCUUGGCUGCUUUGAAGAAGAUAUGGCUCGCGUAUAUAUUGCUGAAGUUAUUCUUGCUUUGGAAUAUCUCCAUUCCUUAAAUAUUAUUCAUAGAGAUCUGAAGCCAGACAAUUUGUUGAUAGGUCCAGAAGGUCACAUCAAGUUGACAGAUUUUGGACUCUCCAAGGCAGGUCUUAUCAAUAGCACUGAUUACUUGUCACACCCAUCAAGUUCCACAUUUCUUGAGGAUGAUAAACCAAAACUGCAAUCAUCACUUAAAAGAGAACAGAGGCAAAAGAAUUCAGUUGUUGGAACCCCAGAUUAUUUGGCACCUGAGAUACUCCUCGGUAUGGAACAUGGUGCGACAGCUGACUGGUGGUCUGUUGGUAUAAUUAUGUUUGAGCUCCUUGUUGGUAUUCCACCAUUCAAUGCAGAACAUCCCCAGCAAAUUUUUAACAAUAUCAUGAAUAGAGACAUACCUUGGCCUAAGGUACCAGAGGAAAUGAGCUUUGAAGCAUAUGAUUUGAUUAACAAGUUGUUGUCUGAAAGCCCUGUAAAAAGAUUAGGUGCAAGUGGGGCUGGAGAGGUAAAACAACAUAAAUUUUUUAAGAACAUCAACUGGGACACAUUGGCAAGGCGAAAGGCUGCAUUCAUACCAGUUGCUGAACCACAUGAUACUAGUUAUUUUAUGAGUCGUUACAUUUGGAAUCCAGAAGAUGAAGAUUUUAAUGUCUGUAGCGAGUUUGAUGAGACAAGUGAGGCAGGGAGUAUUUCAUGCAGCAGCAGUUCUUAUAGCAAUUAUCAGGAUGAUGAGGGGGAUGAAUUUGGAUAUUUUGCAGAGUUUGGUGCUAUAUCCCCUAACUUGAAAUAUAGUUUCAGUAAUUUUUCAUUCAAGAACUUGUCACAACUGGCUUCGAUCAACUAUGAUCUGGUUGUAAAGGGUGCUAAAGAAUCAGGUGAAGCUUCCAAGAAGCCUCCCACUCCCAAGUCCCCACCAUGAACUUGAAUGAAUCAACAAAUUUUCUUCUUUCUUCCUCCUUUUAGCCUAAGAAGUUGGGAAGAAACAGAAGUCUCAGAUGUAGUUGAAUGUACGAAGAUAAUUUUAAUUUGUUAACAUAGAUACGAGUAAGUAUAGGUUUCAAAAAAAAAAAAAAAAAGAUACGAGUAAGUAUAUGUAUUUUAUUCAAACUAGGAAACAGUAAUGCGUCAGUACAGUACUAGACGACAAAGUUGUUGCAGAUGCCUUUCACUGCAGUAAAUUACCUGGCAUCCUGACACCUUGUUAUGUACUGUAGUAUGUACUACUUUGAAAAGCGACUUUCUUUUUUAAUAAAAAUAUUAUUUUUAUUUCCAAAA